UCGAUUUCAGCUCGUUUGGAUCGCCAAUCCCCGCCAUUUUGACCGUCAUUAUGUCGAUAUCUCUCGGGACAAUGCUGUGCUCUCAGCUCGGAGUCUACAGAGUGGCGAGAAGGAUUCGAAUACAAACGCAAAACAGGGAUCUAAUGCACGGAAUAAACAAGUUUCAAGGGGCCCUCCGACAGAAAUGCGCUGCAAACGACAUCAAGUCUUUAGUUAGUAUCGAAUCGUCUGAGUCAUUGGAAGCAGCUAGGAUACGACGGAUUUCGGACGAUAUCUAUCAAGCGGUGGCAAGCUUCCAGAGCAGUAUUUUGUUCAUAGUCAUGUUUGUACUUCCCAUCUUUGCUUACAUUGUCGUGGCAAACGCCAAUUCCAAAGAUCUGUCGAUUUGCGAUGUGAAAGCGAACCCGUCGUUCUACGUUACUAUCGUUCAGGUUGGACUGGCCGCCGUCGACCUGGCUUUCAACCCGCUCGUUUAUGUAAGUCGCAAUUUACCAAUGAAAAAGGGUUUGUGUAGGCUCUUCAAGCGAGGAGCACAGUGAUUAUUGCGACAUACAAGACACACAACCGACGGCGUUAUCAACUCAAAGUGUAUAACAUUUAGCUGCUUUUAGAGGACAGAAAUAUUGUAGCAGAAACGCGUAAAGUAUACAUAGAGAUUGCGUUAUACUCGACACUCACACACACACACACACACACACACACACACAC